GUCCGAGUCGAGUCUAGUCUAGUCCGGUCGAUGCCCUAAGCUCGUCCUGUCCUCGCUGCUCGUCCUUGCGCGAGGAGGAGGAGAGCAGAGGGAGGGAACGAGGGAGGGCAGAGGAAAGAGCCAGGAAGAGCAGAGCACACGAGGGAGGAAGGAAGGAAGGGAGGGAGGGAAGGACAGGAGGCCGGGGACGGGACGAGGAGGUGGUGGUGGUGGUGGGGAGAGAAGAGAGAGAGAGAGAGACGAGAGGUGGGAGGGGAGGGGAGGGGAGGGGGAAAGGGAAGGGAAGGGAAUAAGCAGAAGAAGAGAGAGAAGGAAGAGAAGGAAGGAAGAGUAGAUAGAAGGAGGAGGAGGAGAGGAGAUUAGGGAUCGAUGUGAAGGGGAGGGAAGGGGGUGUCGGAGGGGAGAAAGGAAGGUGGUGGAUAGAAGAGAGGAGCAGGAGGAGGAGGAGGAGAAGGUGGACGAGCAGGAAGGCGUUCAUGAAUGUGUGGAGGAAGAGGGGAGGAGUGGGGAAAUUUGUGUACUUCCGUGUAAGGUUGCGGAGGAAAUUCGAAUUGGAUUACCCGGCGACUGCCGCCGUGCGACGGUGUUUUCCGAUUGAGGAGGUGGCGGGCCGGUGGGCAGCAGCAGGCAGGCCGACGAGCAGAAUUGUAGUAGAGAUUGGGUUUUGAGAGAGAGAGAGAGAGAGAGAGAGAGAGAGAGAGAGAGAGAGAGAGAGAGAGAGAGAGAGAGAGAGAGAGAGAGAGAGAGAGAGAGAGAGAGAGAGAGUAGUUUGUUGUUGUUGUUGUUGUGGUGUGUGUGGUGUGGGCUUGAGAGUGAGGGUCAAAACUCGGGACUCUACUGCUCGGGGUGUCAGUGUGUUAUCAUUGUCUAGAUAGUUGUGUUGGAGGUUCUUUCGUGAGGAGGAUCGCGACGAGAGCGGAGAUGCAGCAGUGUGGCAGGGGCGGUGCGAAUUAAGGAUUACAACGGACUGAAGGGGAUGUCGUGGGCAGGACCCGACACCUUCCCUGCCACUUCGCUCGCGGAUAACCUCGACAAAAAACUCUUGGUGAUUCUCCGCGAUGGCAGAAAGCUGGUCGGAAUCCUCCGAUCAUUCGACCAGUUUGCAAAUGUGGUUUUGGAGCGAUCAAUCGAACGUAUUAUUGUUGGAGAGCUAUUUUGUGACCUGCCCCUUGGUCUUUAUGUCAUCCGUGGGGAAAACGUGGUACUCAUAGGAGAGCUGGAUCCUGAUAAAGAUGAGUUGCCAUCGCACAUGGUUAAAGUGAGCCCAGCAGAUAUAAGGCGGGCUCAAAAGGCAGAGAGGGAUGCAACAGAGCUCAAAGGCACCAUGAGAAAGCGCAUGGAAUUUCUGGACCUGGAUUAAGGAUUCACAGCUCGGUUGGCUUCACAGCAUGGGUGGAGUCAUGCAGAGCAAGGAAGCAGCUAGUGUAUGGUUCGUUUUUCAGAGUAAUGACACUGCUGCUUCUGUGGAUGUGUGCUAAGCCAUGAUUCAGGAACGCCAACAAGCAUGGCGAGUUUUAAGUGUCAUGCUGACCCGCACAUUUUAUCGCGGACUGCGUUCCAAUCCCGACUCCUACAUUUGUCGUGGAUGGUGGCAUUCACCAAAAAGGGCUGCAAGAUCACUGAAUGUCAACAGUGUUUUGUAGGGCCACUAAGCGAUUGGCUUUUUGAUACUUAUUUAUUUAAUUACUUACCUCCCCUUUUGUUGGAAGCCUUGCCUUCCAUCAUCAUCUUACCAUGUGGUAUGUGAUCUACUGAAUUCCAAUUCAUUUGAAAGUGGUUGCUUAUCCCCAAGAUGGAAACUUAGAGAAGGGGAAUGGGAAGCCAUUUUAUGAGCCUGCCCAUCUUGAUUAGAAUGCUUGUUUAGAUUUUGUCUGCCUGGUGGUGACUUUCUACCCACCUCCCAGACAUUCUAUCCAUGAUUGGGAUUAUAAGCCCAUCAAUACUACGUUUCUCACCAUCGAGCCAGCUAAAAAGUGUUUACUUGCUUGCUACCCCAGUAGAGUGACCAACUUAUGAUCUUUUCUUUUUUUUGAAAUGGGUUGACUAGUCUUUUCUGUGUACAGGCAGUUCUUAGAACGUAUAGCUGAAUAUCAGCUCUGGGAAGUUCUUGUAGCUCUCAAUUGUGGACUGGGGUAGCUUCGGGGAGCCUAUUUGUGAUCUUGCUAUGCAAACCACCUUCCUGUUUAGCGUGAAGGUUUUUGUGCUUGGCCUUGUUAUCCGGCCAACGUUUGUAGCAGGUGCCUCUCUGGACUACUCUUGGCUUCAGGAGUGGCAUUGUAGCUCUGUUUAGGAGGAACAUCUGUCCACCUCCAACUUUGUGGAAGUGCUGCGAAUGAGCUGCCUCAUUUUAAUGGCUGGAUGCUGUGUUACCUUUUUUUUGUAAGCAAAGUAGAUUGAUUAUGAGCACGAAGUAGUCUUCUUUCACUCUUCAAGGAAUGGAGUCUGGAAUCUGCUUCCUAUGCCAUGAUUGUAAAUAUCCUGGAAUCUAUUUGUCAUGGCAUUCGUCUUU